AUGGGGCGGGACCUCAGGAAGCUUCCAGCCAAUGGGAGGUCUGGAGGCGGGCCCCUGGCGUGCAGGGCCUAUCUCAGAAGUGUGGCCGUGAGGGGGGGGGGGAGGGGGCCUGGGGGCGGGGGUUGUGGCGGGGCUGGGCAAGCCACAGUGAGAGCAAGGUGUUGGAAGCUUUGUCGCCCCGCCCAGUCUCCUGGACCAGCAGAGGCCUUGGGCGCUGCUGCAGCCUCAGGGAUUGGAGAUCACAACAAAGUGGUGUGGUGUGGGCCGGAAGGUGAAGUCCUGCAGCUGGACCUGGGGGAGCAGCGGGAAAUGCAGGAGUUCCCUCAGAAUAUCCACACAUCUCCCCAGCCCAUCAACGCAGAGGAAAUUGAUUUCACGACUGGACAUGCAGGGGCUUACAGCACUUCUCCUAUGCAGUGCUCAGCCCUGCAUAAAAAUAGCUUCCUGGUGCUUAAAGGGGAACCAAGCAAAGUCAUAGAGAUGUCAACUUCCAAGACUGGGAAGCAUGGUCAUGCCAAGGUACGCCUUGUUGGAAUUGACAUUUUCACUGGCAGAAAACAUGAAGAUAUCUGUCCCUCUACUCACAACAUGGAUGUUCCAAAUAUUAAGAGAAAUGAUUAUCAAGGUGAAGUUCCCUCCUUUUUGAGGUUUCCAUUCAUUAUCCUUUGAAGGACUAGAUUUGUGGAAAGGAGUAAGAACAAGUUUAAGAUAAAAUGUAUCAUCCCACUGGAUAACCUGUGGGCUGUGGAUAAUGUGAACCUAGUCAGAAAACAAGCAAACCUGUCCAGCAAGAACCUUUUCCUGCCCACUGGAAAUUUUUUGGCCACCUUUCUGUAAGAGCAACACUCUGGACCAGUAUUCACAGGAAGAGAGCUGUAGAAAUUGUUGGGCAACUUAAUGCUUCCUAAUUCACAGAUCAAGCCAAUUAACCAGGAUGUUUACAAAAUCCAGUUUAGUUUGAUUUUAUACAAGGUGACAACUCCAACUUUACCCUUCUAUGAUGACCCCAUUUUGUCUAUAAUUUCCAUGCUGGAUUUUGUCAAACGCUUUUUCUGCAUCUAAUGAGAUGACCAUAUGGUUUUUUUCUUUGAGUUUGUUUAUGUAGUGGAUAGCAUUGAUGGAGUUCCUUAUAUUGAACCAUCCCUGCAUCCCGGGGAAUAAGCCUACUUGAUCAUGGUGGGUGAUCGUUUUGAUGUGUUCAUGGAUUUGGUUGGCGAGAAUUUUAUUAAGUAUUUUUGCAUCAAUAUUCAUAAGGGAAAUUGGCCUGAAGUUCUCUUUCUUUGUUGGAUCUUUGUGUGGUUUUGGUAUCAGCAUAAUUGUGGCUUCAUAGAACGAGUUGGGUAGAGUUCCUUCUGUUUCUAUUUUGUGGAAUAGUUUGAAGAGUAUUGGUGUUAGGUCUUCCAUGAAGGUCUGAUAGAAUUCUGCACUGAAGCCAUCUGGUCCCGUGCUUUUUUUGGUUGAGAGACUUUCUAUGACCCUUUUUAUUUCUUCGGGUGUUAUGGACUGUUUAGAUGAUCUAUUUGAUCAUCCUGAUUUAGUUUUGGUGUAGGAUAUCUGUCUAGGAAACUGUCCAUUUCCUCCAGAUUCUCCAGUUGUGUUGAGUAUAGGCUUUUGUAGUAGGAUCUAAUGAUUUUUGAAUUUCCUCAGUAUCUGUUGUUAUAUCUCCCUUUUCAUUUCUAAGUUUGUUAAUCUGGAUACUGUCUUUGUGCCCUUUGGUUAAUCUGGCUAAGGGUUUAUCUAUCUUGUUGAUUUUCUCAAAGCACCAGCUCCUGGUUUUGUUGAUUCUUUGUAUGGUUCUCUUUGUUUCUACUUGAUUGAUUUCGGCCUUGAGUUUGAUGAUUUCCUGCCUACUACUCCUCCUGGGUGAAAUAGCUUCUUUUUGUUCCAGGGCUUUCAGGUGUGUCAUUAAGCUGUUAGUGUAUGCUCUCUCCAUUUUCUUUUUGGAGGCACUCAGGGCUUUGAGUUUUCCACUUAGCACUGCUUUCAUUGUGUCCCAUAGAUUUGGGUAUGUUGUGUCUUCAUUUUCAUUAAGUUCUAAAAAGUCUUUAAUUUCUUUCUUUAUUUCUUCCUUGACCAAGGUAUCAUUGAGUAGAAUAUUGUUCAGUUUCCACGUGUAUGUGGGUUUUCGGUUGUUUUUGUUGCUAUUGAAGACCACUUUUACUCCAUAGUGAUCUGAUAGGAGGCAUGGGAUUAGUUCGAUCUUCUU